AUGUUACUUAAUAGGCUUUCCUUGCACUGCCAGCCAGAUGCACAGUUGGCAAGCAGCACUCAGAUGGCACUGUUUAAUAGCACAAUGGAAGACAUGACAGCAGCGACAGACAACUACUAUUAUGACUUCACUUUUACAGACGUUCCAACAUCAACCAAUUAUACGUCAGCAUCAGUGGACGAACAGUUGCUCUUCAAGUCUGACAUCUACCUUCCGAUGCUGUACUUCAUGAUUUUUUUUGCUGGCUCUACUGGGAACCUGUUUGUCAUAAUGGUCAUUGGUAAAAGACCCAAGAGGAGUGGACGUUUGGUGGACACUUUUGUGCUGAAUCUGGCUUUGGCUGACCUUAUCUUUGUCUUCACUCUUCCUUUGUGGGCCGUCUCGGCUGGGCAGCAUAACCAGUGGCACUUCGGAAGCUGGUUGUGCAAGAUCAGCAGCUACAUUAUCACGGUCAACCGCUUUUCCAACAUCUUUUUCCUAACCUGCAUGAGUAUCGAUCGUUAUCUGGCUAUUGUGCGUCUCAUGGACUCGCACGUUCUGAGGAAGAGCAAGUGUAUACACCUGACCUGUGCAGUGAUAUGGGGAGUGUCUUUAGUCCUGGGCACGCCGACGCUAAUCUAUCGAAGGCUGAAGACAUAUCAGAAUGCUCCUGUGUGUGUAGACGACCUGACGUCGUCAUUCUACCAAGGCAUGAUCCUGCUCACAAGCUCCCUGACCUUUGUAGUGCCUGUGAUGAUCAUCGUCAUGUGUUACGGCUCGAUGCUGGUCACCCUGCAGCGCCACUGCAACACUGCCGGAAAUACACGUGCCAAAGCUCGACGCCGACAGUCCCUCAAGAUCGUCUUCACCAUUAUUUUAGCCUUUCUGGUGUCAUGGCUGCCUUACAACGUGUUCAAAAGCAUCCAGGUUAUAGCCAAGAUUAGUGAUCUCGACCUUCAUGAAGACACACAGAAGUAUCUGGCUAGAGGACUCAUCCUCUCCUCCUGUCUGGCUUUUCUUAACAGCUGUGUGAAUCCGUUCAUUUACCUGUUUCUGGAUUCGCAUUUCAGACUCAGUGCUGCCAGACAGUGUCAGACUUGCUUAGGUGUGAAAGAUGUACAAAGGGACAACAUGUCUUCCAACUCGAAUGCUUCGAAUGCUACUUUAGAGAGUGGGGGAAGUACACAAAGCCGUGGCCGCCUCUUCUCCCUUACUCGGAAGGAAUAA